AAAAGGUAGUUCUGGAUCAAGCAGAGUAAAACUAUCACGAAAUCAUCAUGCAGUCUUCCACUUUCCUGAUGGCCAUCUUGGUGGUUUCCCUACUGAUGCUGAUCAGCACUCCGGCAACUGAGGCCACCUUCUUCCUAAUCGCCUGCAUGCUGCGGUCACCACUUUGCCCCUGGAUUACCACAACAACUGCCACCACCACAGCCUGAUAAGGACUCUCCUCUCCAUUGCCGAUAAACAUAUAUAUUUGAAAAAUGAAAAUAAAAUAAGCCAUUGUAGUUGCAUAAGAGUA